UGAAGCGUCGUCAAGCGUCGUUUCGCGACGCCACGUGGUUAGGAUUCAUUAGAUCCGUGUAUCGCGCGUGUAUAUGUAUAUUAUUUACAGAUAUAUAUUACAUAAUUUAUAACACAGAAUAUUGCGAAAAUGAACGCGAUUUGGAAUCUGUCCAUUUUGGAGCGGCCGCCGCACCUAACGUGGCAGAUCAGGCCGCUGGACGCGAGGGCGAAGGGUACGGUCAGAGGCGUGGACGUAAGUCAGUUUAAGAAAGUGCUGGGCACGGCGCUCCAAGAUCUGGGAUCGAUGAACGACUUGCACUUGAACGCUGCGGUCCUAAGCCGCAUGAUCUAUCGGAUGAAGUGCAAAUUUCGAGGUGACAAGGGCUUAUGGUACAUGAUGAAGUUGAACAGGGCGUUGCUCAACUACUUGAACAUGGACCUGAAGAAGGAAUUCUCGAUUUUGCGGUCUCACCUGCGAAUGGAGGAUGGGAGGUACGUUUUGCCGAGCAGGCAGAGUCUGGAGUACGUGCUCGCGAGAACGCAAGGCUUCGGAAAGCUCAUGACCAGGAUAGAGGAGAUGUCGAAGUACGCCUCGCACUUCCUGCAAGCCAGAAUAAAAAUUGGUCACCUGUGGACCGUCGCCAUAAUGGCCCUAGGCGCUACGAGCAGAAUUUGGUUUUACGCGAGGAAUACGAUCAAGAAAUGUUGUACGUGGUACAACGAUCUGUAUAAAUGUGCACAACAGUUUGAAUAUGUCGGUACAAGAUCCUGGCUUCCAAGUAAUCAAAAUUUACCAAGCAACUUAAAAUCGUGGCUCGAUUUAGACUGGCUGGAUACGGAUAUGCUAUACGAUCACAAUUCACAAACCUGGCAGAGGCUAUUUGUAGAAUGCCAGACCGAAGUGUAUGAUGACACUAAAGUAACUUUUGUCAUACCUGACGCAGAGAUUGAUAGCUUAAUGCUGAACGAAGAGAUCAUUGAUUUAAAUCUGACAGAAGAUGAGAUUGCCUCAAAUAAUAAUGUAUCAAAAGAUCAAUCUGUAUCAAGUAUAGAUAUAGAUAUUGGAGAAAUAGUAGACCGAGAAGAGUUUCAGAGGAGCCACCCGACAAAAGGUAAGUCCAUAACAGCAAAACGAAAACAUGUUUACACUGACGAAAGAGGAAACUUAAAAAGAAAUCAAAGAAAAAGAAGAAAAAAUAAAUAGGGAGAAAAAUAUUACAGGGCAAUAUUA